UGCAAUUGGCAUUUUACUUGUUUUUGGAUGAGCAAAAACUGUGUCACAUUUUGCGUUUUAACGGCUUCUAAGUCUUAGAAACGAUUUAGUAUUUUAUUUAGAUACUCAUUUUAAAAUAUAACAUAUUUUGAUUAACAUUGGCUGCAUGAGUGUAGUGUAAAUCCCAUAACAUACUUUUGUUAUGAUAAAGGUUUAUCCUUGAGUAUUUUUUGGAACGUAGAAAACAUGGAACCCCCUCGACAAUCAGAAUCAGAAACUGUGGAAUACUGGAAGAAACAAGCUAAACACUAUGAGCAAAAGGCAAUUGAUAUGCAACAAGAGUUGGAUGAGUACACAGAAAAUUCAGCACAGUUGGAGAAGGAACUUGAAGCUUCGCUUUUACAAGUUGAGAAACAAAACAGAGAUCUAGAACAUCAAAAUCAGCGGCUAAAAAAUGAAAUAGAAUCACUUAAGAAUAAGUUAGAAAGAAGUCAACAUGAAACUAAUGCAUUGGAAAAUGAAGUGCAAUCACUCAAAAUAGAACAGGACAAAAAAGCUGAAUAUAUCAGAGAGUUGGAGCAAAAAAAUGAUGAUUUGGAAAGAGGGCAAAGGGUCAUCUCAGAGUCAGUGUCUUGCAUAGAGGCAUUGUUAAAUCAAGCAUAUGAAAGAAAUGCAGUUUUAGAAAGUGAAGUUGAUGAAAUAGAAACACUUAAAGUGAGAUUACAACGAGCUACCGAUGAAGCUAGAGAUCUGAAGCAGGAACUGAAAGUAGUAGAAAAACUCCCAGUGCACAGAAAGGAAGAUGAUAGUACAAAUGAAAAUGCAAUGGUCAAUGGACACAAUACCUCCUCCCGAGCAGUUGAAACAGAAACUCAAACAGUUUUGCCUUCACCACAAAAACGAGAAAUCAAUGGUAAUGCUAUGACACCAUCGGCUCGAGUAUCGGCUAUCAAUAUUGUGGGCGAUUUGCUCCGAAAAGUUGGGCUUGAAAGGUUUCUUUGCCGUGAAUGUGGUAAGAUCAAAUGCUCGUGUGACGCUCAACCUCCAGACUUGUGUGAAGCCGCCAAGUCGACCGAGAUCUCCCAUGCCUGUGAUAACACCGAUAACAGCAUAGACGCUUCCAUAGAAUAUAGAAACCCUAAAGUGUUCAUAAGACAAUCUUCUGGGCCUGAUCCGAUAACACAAAAACAUCAGUUAAAGCACAAAUCUUCCGAGGAAGGAUUCUCUAGGCCCGGCGUGGGAGAGAAUGGGAAAUUGAGACGAUCUUUUGCUGUGAGAUCUAGGGAGGGGCUUGAAAAUCUUUUGAGCUUCGGUUCUAUUCGGAAUGGACAGCCGCGAGCCAAGCCAAAGCAGACUUUAGCACGAUAACAUAUACCUGUAGUAGUGAAUUGUCUAGUGGCUCAUACAUAAAAAUACCUGUUUGAACCCGGAAGUGCCACCUAAGCUUCAGAGAGAAUUAAAUAGACGGAAAGAUUGUUUGUACAUAUAAUUCUCAUUAUAUUUUCCUAAUUAAAUCGCUCAAAGCUAAGGUGGUCUACUUUAGAGUAGCACAAAAUACAUAGUAAUAUUGUGUUUAGUAUUUGUUAUGCUUUAAUUCUGUUGUUGUGUUUAGUAGGAUUGAAACCGUAAUCUUGAAAACUUGUUGACCAUAUAGAAUUUAAUCACGCAUUCCUGAGGCCAUAGCGAGAAAAAGGUGUUACAGGGUCGUCACUGCCAUUAUUAUCAUGGCACGUAAUGGGAUUUAUAUGAUUUUUGCUAUUAUUAAAAAAGCGAUCCUAUAAAUUGAACUAGCCAAAAGCCUAAUUUUAUAUAAAAAGAAAUUAUAGUUAUAACAUUCACGAUUGAUAUACCUAAUUCUGUAUGUGACAUUAAAUGAUAAACUAAAAUUUUUAUUAUUUUACCGUGGUGAGGUCGGGAUAAAUAAUUAAAAUCUAAUGAAUAUACCUUACUUAGAUUACGGUGUAGUCUACUUAAUUGCAGUGUACAUAAAAUGAUGUAUAAUAUUGUACUAUUUUGUACUGUACCAUUGUUGAAUUGAUAUUUUUAGAUGCAUGUUUUACACGUAAUUUUUUUAUACUAUGUAUUGAGUUAUAUUUCCCCAGUAAUAUGUUUGUGUGCUGUGCGUAAUUAGUCACGGUGGAGGCUUUAACCGCACAUCGUUUCCCAUCACCUACUAAUAUUAGUAUCAUUCAUAUAUUGUACUUUUCUUCAUUGUAGGCUUUGGAAUCAAAGUUAGCAUCGUGUCGCGGUACCGUUAGACCUAAAGAGCAUUCACCAAAUUCAAGCUCAGAUGUGAAUAAGGACUACAGGUGUGUACUCAAGAACUAAUGCGCUGUUUGUCAUCGGCAACUCCUCGCCACUGCACUGCAAAACUUAGUUGCAGCACAUAGUGUGAUAUUGGUACACAAGUAAAACAUGUAGAUUGGAUGUAUAUUUUCGUAAAAUUGUCGGAGUUAAGCACUUGAGCAAAGUAAUAUCAAAGAAGCUUUAAAUCUGCUUCAUAUUUAAAUAUAAACUAACUUGUGUACUAAAAUUGACAUCACUUUUCCUAUAAUUUGCUAAAAACUGUGAUGAUAAAUGAAGAUAUUUUAAGGGUUGGUAAAUAUAAUACUAAUAUUCUAGUUUUGGCCUACCCACCGGCGACAAAACACGUUAUUGCGGCACACAAAGGCUUAUAGAUCUGUAGACGCCUUUGCAUUAUAAGUUUCAGGGCUUUGCGACCACAGUGUCUAGUAAAAUGGUCCACCAUUUAAGUACUCCUAAAUAAGUGUGCCGUCCGUAUAAGAUCUGAACGAUAUAAAUAAAAGUCUAAUUUAAUUAACCUUAAAGUAAUAAAAUCGUUAAUUCUAUCAGAUAUGUGUAUUCUUUAUGAAUGAACUAUAACCAUUGGCGCCCGCAUCGAUGUGGUUGGCUGCCCGCGCGCGUGUAAGCUAUCUCUAGCUGAAAUUGGUGGACUAAAUAUUUUGGAGUGAUACUUUAUGUAAAUAAUUAGAAUUCAUAUGAAAUUGUUAAAAUUAAAUACUUUUAUAAUAUGAAAUUAAUUUCGUGAUAUACAAACAAAUUUUUUAUCAGUAGAAUCUUAUACUCACCGGACUGAUUUUUAUAUCUUAGUUGUUUUCGUUAAUGAAUACAAUAAAAUGAAAACGAAUAGAUGCAGAUAAUAACAAAAAUAGGUAGAACAAGAAGACAGAAAAUGUUGGUUACAUUUUCUUGCAGUUCAUAUCCUUUUCAGUGUUUGUUUUUAACAACAUUUGGUAUCAUUUAUUUUAUGUAAAGAAUUGGAGUACCGUGGGCCUCGCUAAGGCACUGGUCCCACCGCGAGCUAGCAAACUAUGAGCUAUCGGCUAUAAAAACGAACAAAAGAUAAUCACUCCCGCGUAAAUAAAAGAGACACGGCGAUGUUUAUAGUUAC